AUGGAGCAGCAUCUGUUUUUGCGUGGAGGAAAUGCCCAAGGAGAUUCUGGGCUGGUUCUCUCAACUGACGCUAAACCAAGGCUGAAAUGGACACCUGAGUUACAUCAGCGAUUUGUAGAUGCAGUCAAUCAAUUAGGUGGAGCAGAGAAAGCUACUCCAAAAACAGUCAUGAGGCUCAUGGGAAUUCCAGGACUCACCUUGUACCAUUUGAAAAGCCAUCUCCAGAAGUACAGGCUUAGCAAGAACCUCCAAGCUCAAGCAAAUGUCAGUACAUCAAAGAAUGCCAUAUCCGUUGCUGAUAGGAUUCCCGGAACAAGCGCAGCAACAAUGAGCAGUACAAAUGUCAUUCCGCAGGCAGAGAAGACUAUUCAAAUUGGUGAAGCACUUCAGAUGCAAAUUGAGGUUCAGAGACAGCUAAAUGAACAACUUGAGGCAGCCUAUAGAAGUGCAGGGUUCAGGGUCAUGAUUGUGAGGGGCGGCAUCCUAAAUUAUUUUUAUGGCUUCGCACACCCAAUAUUGGAGUCCAAUGUUUUUAAUGGUCCAGCAAAGUCCCCUUAUAGUAUCUAUAAAAUGGAGCUGUGCUGCAGUGAUUCUGAUCUGAAAUUUAAACUGGAAACAGAUGUAAAAGGAAGUUCAAGUGUGCAUAGAUUAGAGCCCAGACAAAUCCAGUUUGUUGAGAGUUCAACAAAUAGUUAUUUGUCUGUGGCUGAAGGAUUCAUCAAGGAGCACAGACUACAGCACCAUGGAGUACUAAAAGCAUAUGAUGAUAGUUCAUUAUUUUGCAGAAAAAGAUCGCAUGAACAUGAGACCCAGUUUGCCCUUAACAGAAGCCUAAGUGAGCGUAGGAUGGCUCAUUUGCAGAAUGAGGAAGGAUACAGUAAAGCAGAGUUUGGGUAUGAAAGUGACACAGAGAUGGCACAUGGGUAUAAUGCACCCCAAAAGAAUGGUGGAGGUAGCACCACCAGUUCGGCAUCAGGAAGCAAAGUAGAUGCAGAGAAGCUAUAUCUGGAAGAACAAAACUGCGCAAGACAGGCAGUUGAAUACCCCAGAGAAAGCAAGCUAGUAGAUUUUGAGCAUCCGUGCUCAGGGAAGAAACUUGAUCUGAACACCCACAAUGUCGAUGACACUGAUCAAGCUUACAGACAUUUUGACUUGAAUGGCUUCAGCUGGAGCUGA